UGGGAAAGUAUUAUUUCUGCUCUGUGUAUACUGUAUUGAACUGAAAAUGGGUUCAAAAUUCAUUGAGUUUAGAAAGCCAUACAACCUUUUAUUUGCUUUUCGCAUGAUCAAUUCAAAACAUUUGUAUAUUCUGCAUGUUUAAAAAAUUCCCAAUUUAAUAGAUUCAAAUUACUGUAUAUCUAUUUGAAAGGGCUUUACAUUUCCCAUGCUUAAACUUUAACCCUUUUUAUUCAUAUUUCACUCCAAAUCCCUCUAAAAUUUAAAUGAAUUUUUUCUUGCUUUUUGCAGUAUAUAGUGACUAAUAUGGGUGGAAUUCCUGUUUACUUUAUUCCUUGUUGAUUCCACUCAUUUCUCCCUUUUAUCCAUUUCAAACAUAACGAUUGUAACAUUUUUUAGGGUUUCUGUUUAAAAAAGAAUUGCGGCCCAUUGAGAUAUUGUCAUUUAUUCACAUUUUUUGAUAGGACUCAAUAUUUAAUAUUGACAAUUUGAUUUGACAGUUUGUUUUUUGCCAUAUUGCCAUACCUCAUACCUCAAAAAAAGAAAUUGUGAACGUUCAACAAUAAAUGCCACAUUCAUAUAAGUGUUUUCAAAUAUACUAAGAUUAAGAACUUUAGGCCAUACAUAUUUGGAUUUUUUGCUCUUCUUUGAUAAAAUAAGGUGUAACCAGGACAAGUAUUUAAACACUCAAAGGAAUAUACUCAAAUGUUUGUGAAGCCUUUACAUGCCUAAAAUGGAAUCAUUUUCUGUGGAGAAGACGAAAAAACAAUUUAGAGAAAAUGUAUAUAUGAGCAACAUACCUCAUAAAAUAUUAUAAAACAGAUGAUUCUUUUGGAUUUGAAAUUAAAUAGCAUGAAAACAAUAACUUUGAUUAUGAUCUCUCUGGAUGUCUGGUAUUAACACUAUCCAGAAUCAAAGGAGAAAGGAGAUAUGAACAGUUAUAUUAUAUGCAUUGUGUUGUGUGUAGAGUGGAUGCACAAAGAUGAAAUAAGUGAUAAGCAACACAAGUUUUCAUAUUAAAGCGAAUUAGGAAUUGCAUAUGAUAUUGAAGGAAGGCAGAAUACUUGUGGAGCUAGUUUUACGAAAAUUGUAGAUUUUUCAUUUGUGGCUUUAAUAAUGACAUCAUUAUGACUUUUAUGGAUCUCGAUUCACUCCUUGCAUACCCUGUAGGAUUCUAGCUUCAGGUAUCCCUCAAACUUGUGUAAGAACUUGAGUAAUAUGAGGAAUUACUUACCAGAAACCUGAUGAUUUUGAUAUAUUUAUGUUACGAUUUGCAAUUUGAAGAUGAUGAGAAAGGAUAAAAUGAUCAUAAUAAUCGUAGGAGUGUGUUUAUCAAAUUUGAUAUUUUACUGGAACUUUGUGCAUAAAUACAAUCAAAGAAAAAAACAUAUGAGUGACCAGAAAGAACAUGAUUUGAUGAAAAUAUACACUGCCUAUGAUGAUAAAAAAUGGAAUGAUAAUGAUGACAAUCAUGAAGAUGCUAAAAAUCAUGAUGGAAAUGCCAACUUCAAAAUGCUAAAUGACUCCAGGAUUGAUAAUAGAACGAGAAAGCAGAACUUUGGAGAAUCGGAUCAAACAACAACAAUGACUAAUAUUACAUUCAAUGAAAAGUUAGAGAAAUCGUUAAAAUAUGUAGCGCCAAAGAAAAAAGAUUCCGUGACCAUAGUUGGUGUGCACCCAAAUAUGUCAUCCCGAGAGCCUCAAAAGAAUGUAUUUUUUAUGAAGUUACAUAAAGUUGGGAGUUCGACUGUCCAGAGCAUUUUCUUAAGAUUUGCCGACAAUAAUAAUUUGAAUAUUGCGAUUCCAAGGAAUGGAUAUACUAUGGGCUACCCGAUGCCAUUUAGCCUGAAAUAUGUUGUCUCGAGUGCAGGUCUGUACAGUGUGCUGUGUCAUCAUAUACGAUAUAAUCGGCAUGUACAUGAUAUCAUGCAACAUGAUACAAAGUUCGUGACUAUGAUACGUCAUCCAGUUGAACAAUUUAUUUCUGCUUUUCGGCAGUUUGGACUAGGACGGUGUUACCCGGGGGUGAAGACUGUUAACGACUUUGCACGAAUUGUCCCUGGAAAUUACUCAGCGAAGAAUUGUGUUGUGUUCACACAAAAUUUUAUGUUGUAUGACUUUGGUGUUGAACCUCGGGAUAUUACAAACAAGACGGUCAUCAUGGAUAAGAUCUCAGAGAUCGAUAACGACUUUCAUUUUGUAAUGUUAACGGAAUAUUUCGACGAAAGUUUGAUUUUAUUAAGAGAUCUCCUUAACUGGACUACAACAGAUAUUUUGUAUUUCAACAAAAUGAAGUUCACUUCUGCAAUAAAGAAGGACAAUAUAUCCCAAGAUACUCGGGACAUCCUGCAAUAUAAAUGGCUUUCUGGGGACAUGAUGCUGUAUGAAUAUUUCAACAAAACCUUUUGGCAAAAAGCAAAACAGUAUGGUUCAGACAAGCUUAAAACUGAAGUUCAAAACUUUCGAAAAACUCAGAAAAUAUUGUUUGAAUUUUGUGUAAGCGAUGUAGUGCCAGGAAAUGAAAUCCAAGAUGAUGAUCUGAAAAAUUUAUAUUUCGAUCCUUACCUUUUAGGAUAUAAUUUAAACCAAGCUGCCAAGAAGAUAAAACUUUGUGAACAACUUGCUACACCAGAAAUUCCAUUUACCAUGAAAUUGAAAAAGAAAAUGAAAUUGUUAGGAUAUACAGGGUGUUCCAACAAAAACUGUACCAAUACAAACAUGCAAUAACUUUUAAGAGGGAUGAAGGAAUGUUCUUGAAAUUUGGUCAUCUGAAUGACUAUCAAUUACUAGAGGUGUCACGGAUACCCGAUUUUGUUCUGACCUGCGGAAUUACGCUCUCGGAAUGGAACACGGAACCAAAAUUAAGCAUUUCGGUUUGGUUCCGGAACAAGAAAUCUUACCCUUUCACAGCUUGUGGCCCAUAAAUUGCCACAAAACAAUAUUUUUCUUUCAAUAUUUUGCAUUCAUUCUUUUCACCCCUUCUCAUUGAAGAGUUUGAAGAGCCUUUCGCUUCCAAAUAGACCUAGACGAUCAUCUUAUUUUAAUCGAAUACACGCAAUCACCCUGUUCUGGACCAUUUUGAAAUUGUUCCGUUCCAAAGCAAAAUGUUCCGAACCGAACCGUUACGACUUUUUUUGUUCCUUGACAUCUCUAUCAAUUACAGUGUUAUAAACAUUUGAAAGAUCGAACAGGUAACUCGAGAAAACUUGUUUUCAUACCAACACCCAUUUUUCCGAUUUCCAGCAGCGCAGGUCAUUUAAAAUAUAAAAUUUCUUAGUAACUAAUGAACAAAUAUCUGUGAACUUUUUAAUCUUUAUUGAAAAAUGAAUUUUCUUCAUCAUGUGAAAAUUUUUUCAAUGAAGGAAAAAGAGUCAAUGUACCAGUUUCAGUUGGAUACAGUUUUUCUUGGAACACCCAGUACUUUACAAUACUAUAGUAACAGAUUCUCAUUUUCAGUUAACCUUAGAGACAAGGUCAAUGCAUGCUAACAAAUAAUUAAACUGAUACCUCAACUGGGAGUUAAAAGUUCAUAAUGUUUUGUAGAAUUCAUCAAUUUUGAUAAGGAAGAGAAUUAUUUUAAUCAAUCUAAUCUACUCCACACAUAUAUCUCAAAGGAGACUUCCAGCUCCAAGUUAAGGCCUUUUAUGCAUGUCAGUAGCCAGAAGCCCAAAAGGAUUCAAGUGAUUUCGAGCAAGGUUGUUCAAUGUGACCCCUCCCCUUCCC